AAAUUAAAAGGGCCUAAGAUACGAGACGUUCUACUCUAUAAGGAGCGGUUUUAUAAGUUAUUACGUAGAAUAGUUAUAACCGCUAGAUAUAGUAAGAGUUUAACUAUUUAUAUGAUUCGGAAGUAUCUUAGAAGUAUUAUUAAAGGUAUUAAAGACUUUUAUAAGCGCGGACUUCUAGAGGAAUUACUAGCUAAAAUCGAGGCGAGUAUCCUAUAG